CGGGGGGUGGGGUGGCAGGUGGCUUCGCGCAGGUGCGGCCCGCGCACGGCCUGGGGCCGCAUUAGCAGCGCGCGGAGGCGCGGGCACGCCGCGGCGCGCGCCCGCCCGCCUGCUCGCGCUCAUGGAGCCACCCUGGGAGCUCGAACUCGAGCUACGGAGGCACAUCGAAACUUGCGCUUGUACUUGCGACCACAUGGGAUACGGAAACUAUAUGGACUACCAGGUGGCACCCGCGGCUCAUGCGUGUCUGUGUCGCGCCAUCACCUCUCCGCACGCCCACGCGGCAGUACCCGAGGGAAUGACAUUUCCUGGUUCUCUCCCAGACGUGGCGGAAAGAUGUGGUCGAUGGGCGCCGGAUUCAUUAUCAGCGUCUGCAUCAGGAAGCUCUGACGAAAAGCCAACGCCGCGGAGACCGCGUUGGCGCGUCGCUCUCGCGGCACUGGUUGUGUUGGCCGCGCUAGGUGCUGCUCUUGCAUUGCCACUUGCACUUGGUGGUGGCGGGCGUGCAACUCCCGAACAACGAUUAACAACUAUUCGACGCAUGUUACGUGAUUCCCCAUUAGUUGAUGGUCAUAAUGAUUUAGCAUGGAAUGUGCGUAAAUUUCUCCAUAACAAAAUAGGAGAUUUUAAUUUAAGUGCCGGCCUGGAAGGUUUGGAGCCGUGGGCCCGUUCGCGCUGGUCGCAUACUGAUAUUCCACGGUUGAGACUCGGCCAGGUCGGCGCGCAAUUUUGGUCAGCGUAUGUUCCUUGUGGUGCCCGGGAUAAAGACGCUGUACAAUUAGCACUCGAACAGAUGGAUGUUAUCAAAAGAAUAGUUGAAAUGAAUGCAGCGCAUUUAGCUUUAGUUACAGACGCAGAAGAAUUGUUAGAUGCUCAUCGUGAAGGCCGAAUUGCUUCAUUAAUUGGAGUAGAAGGCGGCCAUGCUCUUGGGGAUUCCUUGGCGGUUCUUCGUGCUUUUUAUCAUCUAGGGGCUCGAUAUUUGACAGUGACUCAUACUUGUGAUACGCGAUGGGCGCGUUCCGCUGGCACCUCGGGUGGACUUACAGAGUUCGGACGCGCCGUGGUACGUGAAAUGAAUCGCUUGGGAAUGAUAGUUGACCUUUCGCAUGCCGGCGAUGAGACCGCCCGUGACGCUCUUGAAACCUCACAGGCUCCAGUAGUUUUUUCUCAUUCAGGGGCCGCAGCAAUUUGCAAUUCAUCUCGAAAUGUUCCAGAUGAUCUUUUACGUAUGAUAGCUGCGAAUGGAGGUGUGGUAAUGAUUAAUUUUUAUGCAAAACUUGUUACUUGUGGCGAACGUGCGACUGUGGAGGAUGUUGUAGCUCAUAUAAACCAUGUACGGAGAGUAGCAGGAGUAGAGCACGUGGGUCUUGGUGCGGGGUACGAUGGCAUUGAUGCGCCGCCUGAAGGACUUGAAGAUGUAUCACGUUAUCCGCAUUUACUAGCCGAGCUCCUUCGGGAUCCAGAUUGGAGUGAAGAAGAUGUGCGGAAGUUGGCGGGUAUGAAUGUCGUACGUGUGCUUCAGCACGUAGAGCGAGUGCGAGAUCAAUGGAGACGUGCCGCGGUUCAACCAGGAGAGGAAACACCAGGUGCACGCCGUAGCGAGUGCGUGUACGGGCCCGCGUGACGCAGGCUGCGAGCCGCGCGCUUCCGCGGCCCCCCACGUUCUGCUCAAUAUUGACACUUGUUGACCGUAGUUAUACAUGUAUAUUAGUGUCCAAAUGUGAUUUAGAAAUUAAAGUUAUCUUUACCUGACCUCGAUCUGCACAAAUUGUUUAGCUAAGGAGCCGCGCGUGCUGGGUACUUCGUCUCGACGUUCUGCCCGCGGCUCGGCCGCUGACCUCUUCUCCAUCCAUGCACACGACUUCGUUGACGAAAGCCCAACGCGAUCCGCGAUUUAUAUGAUGUGAGCCAAGAUUUAAU